AUUUCAACAUAAAAUUAUGCAAGUAAACACAUUUACUCGCCUAUGACAGAGUAUCACAGUGGCAGGUACAAUCACAGUUUGAAGGUCAGGCGCUCAAAAUUUCUGGAACAGCAACUGUAUCUACGAUUUGGAAGAGAAUCUGUACCACGGAUUAUCUGUUAUUCUCAAAUGAUUGAAGAUUCCACUCUGCUGAAAUCUGAGAAACAUUACUUCACUGCAUGAAGAUUACCUAUUUGGAGAUAAUUAUUUUUGUGUUGUUGCAAGAAAACUAAACUUUACUAGUAAAUGGUAUCACUGUAGUAGUUCAGGCAUAUUUAUACAAGAGUUCGAAGUCUCGUGAACACAGCUAGAGAAAAUGGACCAGAGCAACAAUGUUCAUUUGAGGUGGAAUAAGCACCAGUCUACUUUGGUGUCUGUUUUUGAUGCUCUGUUGGACAAUGAGAAAUUAACAGACUGCACAAUUAGUGCACAGGGGCAGCAUUUAAGAGCACAUAAAAUAAUUCUUUCAGCAUGUAGUCCAUAUUUUGAGGAACUGUUCACUAAAAACUAUGAGAAGCAUCCUAUUAUCAUACUGCAUGAUGUAAAGUAUGCCGUGGUGAAGGCAUUGAUGGAUUUUAUGUACCGUGGCGAAGUAAAUAUACCACAUGAGGAGCUUAGUUGUGUUCUGAAGUUGUCGGAGUCCCUUCAGGUAAGGGGGCUGUCUGGCAGUGGAUGUGUGGAUGACGCCAACGUACAGAAAGGCAGAGGAAGCAAUGGACCGUCAGUACCUCCAGAAACUCAGCAAUCUGAACCUGCUUCUGUAUCACACUUUACCUCAGACCAGACAGAGCUAAAUGAUAAGGUACAGUCAUUUAGAAGAUGCUCUCCAGUUGUGUCCUUGCAGGACUUAGGUACGAGGGAAUUAGAUUCUGAUUAUAAAUCCAUCGAAAAGUACGGAACAAGUAUUAAUCAUUUUGGUUCUGAUAGGAGUAAAGGCCAAAAUGUGCUUCAAGAGGUCAUCACUCCUGACCUUGAUAGUGUGCAUCAGCUUCCAUCUCAAAGACAAGUACUGCCCAUAAUGAGUAACUCAACUUCUGAAACACUUUUCAGUCCAAUUCCUUCUCAGUCUGUGUGCAAUGAGUUGCAAAGCCCCAGUGCUGAAAUGGCUGUUACAGAAAAUGAACAGUUCAUAAUGCCAGAAGCAGUAUUAGCAGACAAUAGGACAGCGGAUAUGACUACACACCAACUGGAGGAGGUACCAAUAGAAAUAAAAUCUGAGAUCCUUGAGACUCAUAUGGAAAUUGUGGAAGAUCUUACUGCCGAUGACAACGAUUAUCCUGGCGAUGAUGAUUAUCGUGAUGAUUGUGACGGUGCUGAAGUUGACAAUGCAGAAGUCAGGAGAGUAAGUGAAGGUCUUAAAUAUGAAGAGAACUUUUGUACUCGACGAACUAACCAUAUACAUUCGAUAUUUGGCCUUGCUGAUUUGAGUAGCAUGACUUCGACAACAUCCCAGACGGUAUCGCGUAAACGGUUUAGUUGUCAUUCUUGUGGGAAGUCGUAUCAGCAUCCACAAGGGCUAUGGAGACAUAUGAAGCUUCAGUGUGGUAAAGAACCCCAGUUUCAGUGCUCUCACUGUGACUAUCGGUUUACUAGGGGUGAUAAUUUAAAGAGACAUAUGGCUGCUCGCCAUUAUCACCUGCAGAAAAAGUAAGUUCUUUUUGAAGGGGAUACAUGUUAAUUUGAACUUAACACCAAGAGAGGGGUGAGUUUUGUCAAGUGAGUUCCUGAUCGUUAGUGUGGGUGGUUUUGCGUGUGAUUUAUUUCGUCAGUGGCAGCGUGUAUGUGUAACCUGCUUGAAGUAGUGAUUCCCUGUGCUGUAUGGAUAGAGAUUCAUCCUUCUGUAUCUUGUGUCUGUUAUGAGUGUAUUUUGUGUUUGUGUGGAAACUUGGCAGUUCCAAAGUGUGUGAAGUAAUUGUCCAUGAGAGAGAUAUUACUACCUAUUUAAUGCAGUGAUUAUGCUAGUAAUGGUAUUGUAUUCUCAUCAGUUAUAUAUUUUGUUGUAAACAAAAGACCUUAAAUAUAUGAGUGCAAAUCAAGUAGUGUUUAUAUUAAAAAAUUACAGAAUUCUGUCAGUUGUAAAAUCUGACUGAAUUACUAGCUGAUAAUUAUGACACAUCAAGAACUGAGUUAUGUAUCCCUUCAGAAUAACUUUGAUUUCCACUCGGUUUCUUUUAAUUUCCUCCUUCAAAUUGUACAACUUUUCCACUUGUCAUGUUGUCUUUACAUUCUAUAUUCCCUAAUCAUAAUCUUCUUCUCUUUUUUUUUUUUAAUGUUGCCUCCCUGAGCAUCUUCCAUUUGAGCAUCCAAAUGGGGAGGUAUUUUAUGUCCAGAACUAACCGGAAGGGCUCAUCGUGCUAUUUAUUCGACAAAGAAAAAUGGCUCUCAGUUUGUCAGUACAUGUUGUAUUGUGCGAUUAGGCAGUUUGUAACUAUUUAGAUCUAAGUGUGUUGGAAUAUUCCUAAAUGUAACUUUAGAGAAGCCUACUGUAUCUUGAAAUCUUUUACAGAACUGACAUACUUUAAGAAAACUUGAAUGUCCAGAUUCUUGUAUAAAAAAAUAAAAUACAAAUUGAUAUCUUAACAAGAGUAGUGUAUUUCAAGUAUAUAGAAAGAUAAAGCCCUUAUUGUCUGUCUACACUGUUGGCGAUUAACACCGGAGACAGACAUAAUU